AUGACCAAGUGGGCAUGGAAAAUUCUGACUGGACGUGGUGGCUUAUGGUUAGAUAUAUUCAGACGCAAGUACCUGGAGGAUGGUGGGGUGGAAUUCAGGAGAAAUGCUAAAUUGUCACAAUUCGCGAGAGAUGUUAAGAAAGUCCAGCCACUUCUCAGGCUCGGAAUGAAGUUUACGGAUGUUUUUCCGUCCCUUUUCUCAAUGGCGGAGAACCAGACUGCCAAGGUGGCAGAGUGUUGGCGACAGGGACAAUGGUUCCCGCGGUUUCGGCGACCUUUAGGGCAAGAGGAGAAUCCCGAAUGGGAAGAGUUACGGGAUAAGCUUAGAGGGUAUUCCGUGAGCCUUGGACAGGACGAGGUCGCGUGGAUGAGGGGUGGUGAUUAG